GCUAGCCCAGCCAUCUUACUUGUAUCACGAAGAUCUUGCACGUAGCAAUUCAGCCGCAAUCUGCUAAUAUAUUUCGCCUCCUCUCUUUCGCUACUUCUUGCAUACAUUCCUGUACAACUACAUCAAGGCAAUUGGAUAUUGACCACUGAUCCAUACAAAGUGGCUGCUCUUGUUGGCUUACGAACUGCUAUUACCGUCUAUUCGCUCCCUCGACUGCUCAGCCGACCAACUCCACUUCUCCACAACUCUCAAUUCUGCACAAUGUCAAGUCUCAAGAGAAAAGCGGCCACAACAGGCAAUGAGACUGAGGCAAAGAAAACAAGGGCCAAUGGUAGCAUUUCUUCCUUCUUUGGUGCCGCCCCAAAGCCUGCUGGCGCUGCCCCCUCUCCAGCGGCCAAGUUUGACAAGGCAAAAUGGGUUGAAGGCUUGACUGCUGAGCAGAAGGAGCUGCUUAAGCUCGAAAUCGAUACUCUUCACGACAGCUGGCUGGCAUUGCUCAAGGAUGACGUGACCACAAAGGAGUUUCUUGAAUUGAAGAAAUUCUUAAACCGUGAGACGGCUGCUGGGAAGAAAUGGUUCCCGCCGAAGGAAGACGUGUACUCCUGGUCUCGUCAUACGCCAUUCAACGAAGUCAAAGUCGUUAUUGUCGGCCAAGAUCCCUACCACAACGUGAACCAAGCACACGGCAUGGCCUUUUCCGUUCGACCGCCAACUCCGGCGCCGCCAUCGCUUCGAAAUAUGUAUAUUGCUCUGAAGAAGGAUUAUCCUAGCUUCGUUGAGCCGCCGAACCGGGGUGGCUUGUUAACGCCAUGGGCCGACCGAGGCGUGCUGAUGCUCAAUACAUGCCUUACUGUUCGUGCACACGAGGCCAAUUCACAUGCCAAUCGUGGCUGGGAGCGGUUCACUCAGAAAGUCAUUGACCUCAUUGCCCAAAAGCGGACACGAGGUGUGGUCUUCAUGGCAUGGGGAACACCAGCCAGCAAGCGAGUGCAGAGGGUGGAUAAACAACGCCACCUGGUGCUCCUCAGCGUUCAUCCUAGCCCACUGAGCGCGUCCAGGGGAUUCUUCGAUUGCGGCCAUUUCAAAGCAGCAAACGAAUGGCUCAUCACUAGGUAUGGCGAUGACGGCGAGAUUGACUGGGCCUUGAAACCCGGAAACACAACCAAGAAGCUCGUCAAGAAAGAUGCCAAGGAGGAUACCAAGGAAGAUGCUAAAGAAGAUGCGGCCCCAGUAGCGAAUGGAGAUGCAAAGGGUGCAGAGUCACAAGACAAAUCACCAGAGAAACCAAAGGGGGGUGCAAAGACCAAUGUUGAAUCCAAGACAAAGAAGGCAGAACUCAAAAGCGACGAAGACGACUUCGAUUCUGAUGAUGAGGCUGCGUUGGCAGAAGCCCUUGAACUUGCAGAAGAGCAAACCAAGAACUAAGCAUGAUACCAUAUGAGAAUAGAGGGAAAGGGCUACGAUUGGAAUGGAAAAGCAGCGAUUGGACAUGAUGACAUAUUUUAAAGACGUUUAAGCUAUAAAUGAUAGCAAUUUGGGUAUACUACUUUGGAAGCGUCGGCAGACGCAGGAUUAAGAUCCUUCAGAUUGAAAAAUAGGGAAUUUCACAUAUUAUUACGGGAUUUACGGUUACUGGCGAGCAAAUUUCCCACUAAUAGGCAAAAUUUUGCUCCAGAUGGAAAACGAGGGCUAUUAUUUGAACAACAGCUGUUUUUUUACUAUACUUGGGCUCUCUGACUUCUAUGCUGCGGAAAACACCAUGAAGCCCUCGGCAGCUCACUGAAUACUAGUAGUAUACUGUAGUGGCCUACGAUUUGUUUCCGCC